AUGGAUCCGCUAACACAAUACAAAGAGUCUGUGAAAGAACAAUCGGAGAAUGCUGAAUUGCUGAUAGCCAAACUGAUACACGAGAACAGCGUGCUAACCACGAAAAACGAUACAUACUCACAAGAGGUGGAAACCCUUAGGUUACAGAUGGCCAAACUCCAAGAGCAACUAAAAGUAUCAGAAGAGCUGCGAAAAAAACAAGCUGAGAACAUAGAAGUAAUUAAGGACUUGUUUGAACAUUUAUGCUGCGUGAGAGUACAUAAGUCCUACGAAGAUGAUACGGGACUUUGGUUUGACACUUCUCAGGGAUCUAAUAAUGGAGUCAUGGAUUAUAAACUAGGUUUUGUAAAGGGGGAGGAGUCAGAGACUGAUGUUAUAUAUGUCCCACUACUUAAACAGCGAACAGUAGAGGAGUUACAAACGUUACAAAACCAAUUACCAGCAUACAUGUUUGAUACAUUGAGCUUCCCAUUGAAAUCACUGAGCCAGUUCUAUACCAAGUUGUCAAGAUGUUUAAAUAAAAAGGUUGUUACAGAAGCCAAUGCCUCGUCGUAG